GAGCCACUGAAGUCACACGUGCAAAACAAAAACAAAGUGCCGACUGGAUUUUAAUUGUGAAUGUUUCUGCUGAAUAAACGACGUUUUAGGUAAAACAGCAUGCAAGUAGAGAAUCUCUACACUUCAGUGGCCUGUAACCGCUGCACAGAAUGUGCCGAUUGGGGUUCAAAUGGCCUAAUUGCGUUCGGGGCCUGCAAUGCCGUGGCUAUAAUGGAUCCCAAGUUUAAUAAGAAUUCCGCCAAGAUUCUGCACACUCUCGUGGAACACACAAAGCGGGUGAACACUGUAAAGUGGCUGGAUAAUGAUCAACUUUUGUCCGGGGCCGACGAUGGCGACGCCAUCCUCUGGCGAUUGGAUAACUCUGGGGCCACAAAGCGCACUGUGCUCAAGGGACAUUCGAGUGGAGUAAACGCCGUGGAUGGCGUGCGUCGGCCAGCCGGUAUUUGGCUCCUAGCCACCGCCGCUGCAGACAACACCCUGAAGCUCUGGAUCUACAAAGAUGACGAUGUACGAUGCUUUCAAACAAUCCAAUUGGCUGGGGGCUUCUGUUUCUCGCUGCGGCUCGCGCUUCUGCCGAACGAUCAUGCGUUGCUGGCCUUCAGCGGUGAUGACGAAACCGUGUCGCUGUGGACAGAGCAGAUCCAUGCUGGCGGCAGUCAAGCACGGGAACAGGGACAGUUUGAAUGCGUUCACAAGCUGAUUGGCCACGAGGAUUGGGUCCGAGGGCUGGACUUUGUGUACGACGGAGAGGAUUUGCUGCUGGCCAGCGGCUCGCAGGAUAACUUCAUCCGACUCUGGAGAAUCGCCCCACGCAGCGAAGAGCAAAUGCUGGAGAAUCGGGUGACUCUGUUUCAGUUGUGUAACAGCGAUAAAGAGCUCAAAGUAGAGGAAAUAAUUCUACAGUUGGGGGCGAAUGCCUGGUAUGCCGUGAGUCUAGAAUCGGUUCUGUACGGGCACGAAGGAUGGAUCUACGGAGUCCAAUGGCACAUCACAGAGCAGCAGGAGAUACGCCUGCUGUCUGCCUCCCUCGAUAAAACCCUCAUUGUGUGGGCACCAACGGAGCAAGGAGUGUGGCUGGAGCAGGUUCGAGUUGGCGAGGUGGGAGGCAACUCGAUGGGCUUCUUUGGGGGCAAAUUCUCAAGCGACGGGCGCUCCAUCAUGGCCCACAGCUAUCAAGGAGGGUUCCACAUAUGGAAUCAGAACCAAGAUCAGCCCCAUCUAUGGACUUCCAGCGUUGUUGUUAGCGGUCAUUACGGAGAGGUGCGCGACCUGGCCUGGGAGCAUGACGGAGCUUAUUUGAUGACGGUCUCCGCGGAUCAGACAACACGCCUUCAUGCCCCUUGGCUGCAGGACAGCGGAGACUGUACCUGGCAUGAGCUGGCCCGACCCCAGGUCCAUGGCUAUGACAUGCAGACUCUGGCUUUGCUCUCACGCUACAAGUUUGCGAGCGGUGCCGAGGAGAAGAUCGUGCGCACAUUCCAGGCCCCGGCGAACUUCAUUGAGAACUUCCGUCACAUCAGUCGCGUGGAGAAUGAUGAGGCGGGAGAUGCUCUUUUGGAUUCUUUGCCCAAAGGCGCCUCCGUGCCUUCGCUGGGACUGUCCAACAAGGCUGUCUACAAAGUAGAAUCCGACAGUGGCGAGACAGCGAAGGCCAAAAACGACUCUCCAGACAACUACUUUGUGCCUAUUACCUUGGAGACACCGCCCCAGGAGGAGACUCUGAUGCAGAACACGCUUUGGCCCGAGCUGCAGAAACUCUAUGGACAUGGCUAUGAGAUCUUUGCCCUGGCCGCCACUGCAGAUGGCUCCCUCCUGGCAUCCACUUGUCGAGCCAGCACCGCAGAGCAUGCUCAGAUUAUUCUCUGGAACCCUUCAAACUGGAAGCAGGUGCAGAAGCUGGAUGGACAUCAGUUGACCGUUACACAGCUCAGCUUCUCCCCCGAUGCACAAUACUUGGUGUCCGUUUCCCGCGAUCGCCGCUGGUCUCUGUUCGAGAGGCAGGAGUCCUCCGCUGGCUACAAUCUGGUGGCCACCACGGACAAGACGAAUGGAGUGCACACGCGCAUCAUUUGGGCCUGCGAUUGGUCGCACGAUGGAAGACACUUUGUCACAAGCUCCCGGGACGGAAAGGUCGUGGCAUGGAAGAAGGGGGAACAGACUGGGGAAACCUCUCUGAACGACUGGCAGGCGGCGGGCAUUCUAGAGCUCAAGAACGAGUCGAUUACAGCGGUGGCCUUUGCCAGAGAUUACCUGAGUGGCACCACUGACACCUACGUUCUUGCAUGCGGCACGGAGACUGGCCAGAUCAAGAUUUACCAGUUCGCUCAGGGAGAAUGGAAGCUUCUCUGCGACUUAAACAAAAAUCAAGCCCACCAUUUGACCGUUCGUCGGCUGCAGUUCCGACCUGGCCAACAGCAUCUGCAACUGGCCAGCUGUGGGGAGGACCACUUGGUCCGCAUCUACAACAUAAAGAUGACGUGAAUCUGAAAUUGUGUGCAUUAAACAGCCUUUAUUAAA